UGCGCCAAUAUGCAGCUGUUUUGUUGGGGGGACAACUCCAGUGGACAGUCCGGUCCACAGACAGCCUUAAGUCCGGUUUCAUGGACGGUGCCGGACUCUAUAACCCAGGUUUGCUGUGGGGAACAGCACACUUUACUUCUCAGCAGAGAUGGAUCCGUUUUGUCUUGUGGACGAAACUCCAAAGGACAACUGGGGAGAAAAAACUCAAAAAAUCCAAAAAUGCCAGGACACGUGAAGGAACUCAGUCAGGUGGUUGCUGUGGCCUGUGGUCAGGACCACAGUCUGGCCGUGUGUGCGUCUGGACACGUGUACUCCUGGGGGACAGGACAGGAUGGGCAGCUCGGGCUGUUCCCCAAUCCAGAGACCAGCAUCAAACCAAGACAGGUGCCCAUUCCACUGCCCGUGCCGGUGAUUCAGGUUGCUUGUGGAAAUGUUCAUUCCCUGGCGCUGACUAAAGGAGGAGAUGUCUUCUCGUGGGGUUUGAACAGUCAUGGUCAGCUGGGCCUGAGGAAGGAGGUGAGAACACAGUACUCACCUGUCCUGGUGGCUUCUCUGAGUGGGAUUCCAGUGAUCCAGAUUUCAGCCGGAGGAGCCCACAGUCUGGCCCUCACGCUGUCAGGGCUCGUGUACUGCUGUGGGGCCAAUAAAUUUGGACAGCUGGGGCUCAACAGGGUGGAUGAAAAAGGCAGGUUUAAUGUCUGCAUGGUACCUGCUCUCAGACCUUUGGCAGUGUCCUUCAUAAGCUGUGGAGAAGCACACACUGCUGUUUUAACAAAGGAUGGUAAGGUGUUUACAUUUGGAGAGGGGAGCCAGGGUCAGCUUGGUCACAACUCUACUGCUAAUGAAGUGAGACCCAGACUGGUGCAAGGACUGGACAGACCUGCAUCACACAUUGCAUGUGGCAGCUGGCAUACUCUGGUUCUGGGUUCUUCAGGUCAGGUGUGGGCCUUUGGCAAUGGAGCUAAAGGUCAGCUUGGGACAGGACAUGAAGAGGGCAGUUUGGUUCCCAUGAUGGUCCAACUUCCAUGGACCACUGAUGCUGCUGCAGCACUGCCUGAAGCAGAUUUAAAAAUAGCAGCUGGAGGGAAUGCAAACUUUGUUUACACUUCAUCUGCAAAGACUUUGGAAACCGAUCUGACAGUUUCGCAGCUUGAUGAAGCAAAACUUCAGAAGUGGCUCGCGAUGACAGAAGCCAACGGAGACGUAAAGAAAGAAAUAUCUUUGAUGUUUUUGACAAGUUCGAGCCUUGUUGCAAGUUUCACAAAAACCAAUGGACGUCCACCAGAUGCAGGUGCCAUAACUGUGGACAUCGAGGCUGCUAGCCAAACCUUCAGUCAGAUGCUGUCAAACUCUUGGAUCAGAGAAUCAAUCAAUCUAGACUUGCUGGUUAAUUUGCUGACUGUAUCGAGCCCUUUCCUGAGAUCACCAGAGGUCUUGUUGAUUUUGCUGACGUGCCCCCUUCUGCAAGAGGACUGCAGCGUCAUGAGAGUCGUGGUGCCUUUGGCCAUCGUGAUAGCAGACCUGAAGGAGAAAGCUCUCGAUGCAUUAAAAGGCUGGUGGUCUACUGUGACUCCCCCCAUCAUGGAGAAAUACAUAAUGGCCUUCAAAAAUGCUCUGGCCUUCAUGCUCAAAAAUGGCCUGCUGGCAACUCACAACCCAGGAGUCAAAUACCUGCUGAACGUCCUCAAGCUGCUCUAUAAAGCAAACAAAAAUGGAAGUUCCUACAAAGUCCCUUUGAGCACCUUUUACAUCAACGAAAUCAUUGGUAGUGUGAAUGGAGUUACUGAUGUCACUCUUUGGAUGCAGCUUACCGGGGUGAAGGAUGACGUCAAUACACCUGCCAUCUUCUGCCGCUACCCAUUCCUGCUGAAUCUGCUUUGCAGGGUGUCCGUCUUUAACAUCUACGCGCAGAUCAUCAAGGGUGCACAUUACAUCAUCCAUGAUUGUGCUUUGUGGUGGCCUGAUAACCCUUUGCUAGAUUUUCUACGUCUGGGCUCAUUACCACCCCCGGUUUUCCAACUGACGCUGAGACGACCUCACCUGGUCGAGGACGCCUUCAGACAGCUGAGCACCGCCGACCACUGCGCUUUCCAAAGGGAGCUGGUGGUGCUGUUUGUGGAGGACAGGAAGCACACAAAUGUCAACAGAAGGGAUUUCUUCCUCCAUGCAUUUGAUGAGCUGAUGGCUCCAGAGUCAGACUUGUUCAUGUACAAUGAGCCGAAGACUUUGGCUUGGUUCCCUGUCAAGCCAAAGCUAGAAGAGAAAAGAUACUUUCUGUUUGGGGUUCUGUGUGGUCUGGCUCUCUACAACCACAACGUCGUCUACCUGCCGUUCCCACUGGUUCUCUUCAAGAAGCUUCUCUGUGUCAAACCCUCACUGGAUGACAUGAAGGAGUUUGAACCUGGAAUUGCAGAGUCUUUGCGUUGCAUCUUGGAGUACACACCUGAUAAACUGGAAGAUGUGGACAGUACUUUCACUGUGACCUGGGCUGGUGAAGAAGUUGAACUGGAUCCAAAAGAACCUGGAAAACCUGUGACAGUUUCAAACAAGAAACAAUUUGUAGAUGCGUACAUUGAGUCUGCCUUCAACAAAUCGGUGGCGCGAGUGUUUGAAGAAUUUAAGAGGGGCUUCUUCAAGGUGUGCAGCGCAGAUGUGGUGGAAUUCUUCCAGCCGGAGGAGUUGCAAGGAGUGAUGGUCGGCCAAGAGAACUACGACUGGGCUGUGUUCAAACAGAAUACAGUUUAUGAUGGAGAUUAUCACACCACACAUCCAACCAUUCUCACCUUCUGGGAGGUUUUCGAAGAACUUUCUUUUGAGCAAAAGAAAGGUUUCCUAUUGUUCCUCACAGGUGUCAACCGCGUGCCCAUCCUUGGUAUGAAGACCAUCAAGAUGACCAUCACGCCACAGCCCACUGCCACUGAAUUCCAUUUGCCAGAAGCCAUGACAUGCCACUCCCUGUUGGUGCUGCCAGCUUAUCAGACGCCCCCGAUCAGGUGUACGAUGCGCGACAGACUUCUUCAGGCCAUCGAUCACAACAGAGGCUUCUGGAAGGAGUGACUUAAUGCAGGCUGUACAAACGGCCCUUUGAGACACUGAAGAGUCUACCAAGGAUAAUAAGCUUUUCAAAACUUUUAACAUUACAGCAGUCCGUAUGGACUCCUGAGCUACACAUU